UUUCUCUAUCUAUCAGUUUAGCUUCACUUCUUGUCUGAAAAAUACAGACUUGAGAGUGAUUUAGAGAGAGAUCUGUGGGGAGAGAACUUCCCUUCAUCUCAGGACUCCUCUCUUCUUCUUAUCCCAAUCUCUACUUCAAAAUCUUCUAUCACUUAGGUUUCAACUCUUAUUCUCCUCUGAAGAAAACAGUCUUAAGUGAGGUUUUGGUUUACAUCUUCUAGGAAUAUGAAGAACGGGAAGCAACCCGAAAAGGGUGGAUCUUCCAGGAUCCUGUCACUGACAGUUCUCUUCAUUGCUUUGUGUGGUUUCUCCUUCUAUCUCGGUGGGAUGUUUUGCUCUGAGAGAGACAAGAUCGAAGCCAAGGAUGUCACAAGUACCACCACUACAAAGGCUGUAGCUUCCCCUAAGGAACCUACGGUCUCACCUCUUCAAAUCAAAUCUGUUUCUUUCCCGGAAUGCGGGUCAGAGCUCCAAGAUUACACCCCCUGCACCGAUCCAAAGAGAUGGAAGAGGUACGGAGUCCAUCGCCUAAGUUUCUUGGAGCGUCACUGCCCUCCGGUUUAUGAAAAGAGCGAGUGUUUGAUCCCACCACCAGAUGGUUACAAACCGCCUAUAAGAUGGCCUAAGAGCAGAGACCAGUGCUGGUACAAGAACGUGCCUUAUGAUUGGAUCAACAAGCAAAAAUCAAACCAGCAUUGGCUUAAGAAAGAAGGUGACAAGUUCCAUUUCCCUGGUGGUGGCACCAUGUUUCCACGUGGUGUUAGUCACUACGUUGAUCAGAUGCAAGAUCUUAUUCCCGAAAUGAAAGACGGUACAGUCAGAACCGCUAUUGAUACCGGCUGCGGGGUUGCGAGCUGGGGAGGUGAUCUUUUGGACCGUGGGAUACUAACAAUCUCUCUUGCUCCUAGAGACAACCAUGAAGCUCAAGUUCAGUUCGCUCUUGAACGUGGGAUCCCUGCUAUUCUCGGCAUCAUCUCCACGCAACGUCUCCCUUUCCCUUCAAAUUCAUUUGAUAUGGCUCAUUGCUCUAGAUGUCUCAUUCCCUGGACUGAGUUUGGUGGAAUCUAUUUGCUUGAGAUUCACCGUAUAGUCAGACCUCGAGGCUUCUGGGUACUUUCAGGUCCUCCAGUGAACUACAAGAGAAGGUGGCGUGGAUGGAACACAACAAUGGAAGAUCAGAAAUCAGACUACGACAAGCUUCAGUCACUUCUAACCUCGAUGUGUUUCAAACAAUACGCACAGAAAGACGACAUAGCAGUGUGGCAGAAACUCUCAGACAAAUCCUGCUACGACAAGAUCGCGAAGAACAUGGAAGCUUACCCUCCCAAAUGCGACGACAGCAUAGAACCAGACUCCGCUUGGUACACUCCCCUCCGUCCCUGCGUGGUUGCACCAACACCUAAAGUCAAGAAGUCGGGUCUCGGGUCGAUCCCGAAGUGGCCAGAGAGGUUGAACGUUGCGCCGGAGAGAAUAUCUGACGUUCACGGAGGGAGCGCGAGUGGUUUGAAACACGACGAUGGGAAGUGGAAGAACAGGGUGAAGCAUUACAAGAAAGUGUUGCCAGCUCUUGGGACGGACAAGAUUAGGAAUGUUAUGGAUAUGAACACUGUUUACGGAGGCUUCGCUGCUGCUCUUGUUAAGGAUCCUGUUUGGGUCAUGAACGUUGUCUCGUCUUACAGCGCUAAUACGCUUCCUGUUGUGUUUGAUCGUGGUCUCAUCGGGACGUACCAUGACUGGUGUGAAGCUUUCUCUACGUAUCCAAGAACGUAUGAUCUUCUUCACCUUGACAGCCUUUUUACCCUUGAGAGCCAGAGGUGUGAGAUGAAGUACGUGUUGCUGGAGAUGGACCGGAUAUUGAGACCGGGUGGAUAUGUGAUAAUGAGAGAAUCGAGUUAUUUCAUGGAGGCACUGACGACGUUGGGGAAAGGGAUGAGGUGGAGUUGCAGGAGAGAGGAGACAGAGUAUGCAGUGGAAAGCGAGAAGAUUCUGGUUUGCCAGAAAAAGCUUUGGUUUUCGUCUAACCAAACCUCUUGAUGAGAAAACUAUACCAAAGUUAAACCGGAGCUAUAUGGGAUUAUAUACUCUUGAGGGUUUACAGAGACCACGAAAGAGAUCUGGGUUCUUUGUUACAAAGAUAUAGCUAUAAAGAUAUUUAUUUUUGGGUUAUGUUUAAUCUCUCGAGUAUGAAUUCAUACAUUAUUAUUUUUUAAUUAUAGUAUAAUAUAUAAAUAUAUAUCAAAUGUUAUUAUUUUA